UUCACAUUCCGAAUAAUUAGAAGAGUUAAACUAUUGCACUUCAAUAUAAAAAAUAAAAAAAUCAGCACUUUUUUUUUUCUUUCUCUAAAAAAAAAAAAAACCUGAAGUGUUUGAGCUUAUUAGUUAGCAAUGGAGAAAUUAGGUAAAAGAUUUAAAGGAAAAGUAGCAAUUGUAACAGCUUCAACACAAGGUAUUGGAUUUAGCAUAGCUGAAAGACUAGGUUUAGAAGGUGCUUCUGUUGUUAUUUCCUCUAGAAAGCAGAAAAAUGUGGAUGAAGCAGUACAAAAACUCAGCGAUAGAGGAAUUGAAGUUUUUGGAGUUGUAUGUCAUGUGGCCAUUGCACAACAAAGGAAGAAUUUGGUCGACAAGACCAUUCAGAAAUACGGGAAAUUAGAUGUCAUUGUGUCAAAUGCUGCUGUAAAUCCUACGGUGGAUGCAAUAUUGGAAAUUAAAGAACCAGCCCUUGACAAGUUGUGGGACAUCAACGUGAAAGCCGCUAUAUUAUUACUUCAAGAUGCAGCUCCGUACCUUCAGAAGGGUUCUUCAGUUGUUAUAAUUUCUUCUAUUGCUGGUUAUCAACCACCAGCCGCCAUGGGAAUGUAUGGCGUAACAAAAACAGCCCUUCUUGGGCUGACCAAGGCUCUAGCGGCUGAAAUGGCUCCAAAUACUCGUGUGAACUGUGUAGCACCAGGUUUUGUACCCACACAUUUUGCUGAGUUCAUCACGGGGAAUGCUGAUUUGAGGAGAGAACUUGAGGCUAAGACAUUACUGAAUAGGCUCGGAACAACACAAGACAUGGCCGCAGCUACUGCCUAUCUCGCUUCAGACGAUGCUGCUUAUGUUACCGGAGAAACUCUUGUAGUUGCUGGCGGAAAGCAUUCAAGACUGUAGCAUUUAUGUUAUAGUUCCUUUCCCCGUCUUUUAUAGUCUCUUAUCGCUUCUCCAUAAGAGGGCAUACUAUGAUGUUAAGAAUCCUUUUUUUUAAUGCUAGUGUUUAAAACUACACCUAAAAUACAAGGGGUACUAUGUUCUCCCCUUUUGAUGUUUAUUUUCCUUGCAUUUAAGAAGUAUUACUCCUAUAUUGGAGCUAUUAAUAAUACAUUUUCAUUGA